CUUCGCCGACAGAGACACGAGUGUUCAUUUUCUCUCUCUCUCUCUUUGGGCAUACGGACCUUUCUAGACCCGAGUAUUAACAGUCGGUUGGAAAACAUGAAACCCAUUCUGCUUCAGGGCCACGAGAGGUCCAUCACUCAGCUCAAGUACAACAGAGAAGGAGACCUCAUCUUCUCCGUGGCCAAGGACACGGUUACAAAUGUGUGGUACUCCGUCAACGGCGAGCGUCUGGGCACCUACAAUGGACACACGGGAGCGGUGUGGUGUGUCGACUGCGAUUGGGACACCAAGAACGUGUUGACAGGUUCGGCCGACAACAGCUGUCGGCUGUGGGAUUGCGAGACGGGUAAACAGUUGGCCUUGGUCAACACCAACUCUGCGGUCAGAACGUGCGGCUUCGACUUCAGCGGCAAUAUCAUCAUGUUCUCCACGGACAAGCAGAUGGGCUACCAGUGCUUCCUCAACUUCUUUGACCUGCGGGAUCCACAGCAAAUUGACGACAAUCAGCCGUACCUGACCGUCCCGUGCAACGACCACAAGAUCACCAGCGCCGUAUGGGGCCCGCUGGGCGAGUUUGUCAUUGCCGGGCAUGAGAAUGGCGAGAUCAACCAGUUCGGUGCCAAGUCAGGGGACAUCCUGAAAACAAUCAAGGAGCACAGCAAGCAGAUCAACGACAUCCAGUCGUCGGUGGACCUCACCAUGGUCAUCACUGCGUCCAAGGACAACACUGCCAAGCUCUUUGACUCAGCCUCCCUGGACCACAUCAAGACCUUCAGGACAGAGCGACCCGUCAACUCGGCCUCCAUCUCGCCCAUCAUGGACCACGUGGUAAUGGGUGGCGGUCAGGAGGCCAUGGAGGUGACCACCACCUCCACCAGGGUUGGCAAGUUCGAGGCCAGGUUCUUCCACGCUGCCUAUGAGGAGGAGUUCGGCAGAGUCAAGGGACAUUUCGGACCCAUCAACUGUGUGUCGUUCCACCCAGACGGAAAGAGUUACAGCAGCGGAGGAGAGGACGGAUACGUGAGGAUUCACUAUUUUGACCCGCACUACUUUGACUUCGAGCUGGAGGUGUGAAAAACACGCACGCCAGCAGGCGUUUUGAGACUCAUGCCUAGUGGGCAUCCAAAGCAGGUCUUUUUUUUUUUAAACAUUUUGCCAUGAUAAGACUUGACACCCCCACGUAACACAGCAUUUCUACCACCUUCAACUAAACAGUUCCAACUUCAUAUAGCGCCUGUGUGAUUUGUCCAAAAUUAACUCAGUGAGUUUCUCUGUUUUAUUAUUAUUUUUUUAUUACAAAGUCAAAAGUCCUGGUAGCAAGAUCACAUCACCUUUGUACACGACCACAAAAUAAGCUUGACUUGCUUUUUUAUAUAUAUAUAUAUAUAUAUAUAUAUAUAUAUAUAUAUAUAUAAAAAGGGGGUGGGGGCUUCAGACUGAAGCACAAUGAAACAAAAUAUAGGAUGCUUUAAAAAUAACUUAAGAGUGGAGCGACAGCAAGGAAGAUCAUAAUUACACGCAUUCAGUCAUUAUUACAAAUAGACGCUUAAUAUGUAUUAAAAAAAUACUGAUGAGGGUAAUUUGAGCAAGGAUGGGUUUCUUCAUUUUGGAUGGAGCACAAACAAUGAUGAGGUUGUUUUGGUCUACAUGGUGCAUCGGGCGGGUGGGGGCUUAACACUGGCAACGGGGUAUGUGCUCCAUAAGCACGGCAGUCAAAGCACUUCUGUCUUCAAGUAGUCUUCACUUCUUUUGCUCUAAAAAAAGUUAAACAUAUCAAACAUUGCUGUGUAAACACAAAGUUAUUGAGUCAAAUGAUCUUACGCUGAAGUAUCCAUCUUUUCCUCCUUGAGAUCAUCAUUCACAUCUACAAAGCAGGAAAAAAAGUGAUGUGUACAUUUCCCCCAUUAAAGAAAAACUGAUUA